UUGCAGUAUACUUUUAAAGCGGACGUUUGGGCCUACGGAGUUGUACUGUGGGAAUUGGCAACGCGUGGUCUGACGCCAUAUGCAGACCUUGAAUUCACUGAGAUACUUCGUUUGUUAAAGAGUGGUCAUCGUUUGAGCAAACCGAGAGGAUGCCCAGAUAUUUUAUACCACCAAGUGAUGCUUGUCUGCUGGAUGGAAGAUCCACAGCGACGACCAACGUUCUUCGAGCUAACGGAGAUGAUGGAAGAUGUUGUGGAACAGCUGCGGCGUGGAGUUCCCGGCAGUGCUUUGCUCAACAGCCACUACGAACGCGUCUCACCACGCUCAUCCGCCACAACACCCAUUUCAUACUCGAAAUUGAAUGUUUCGGGCCCGGCUGUCACGGACUUAUAA